GUCGGCAGCCCCGGAACACGCCAGACGCCGGCGGCUGAAGGGCAGGGGAGGCCGCGGCCUCGGCUGCGGGGCUGGGCCUAUGGCGGCGACGGCGACGGCGGUGGCGGCGGGGGCCGGGGCCGCGGCGGGGGCCGAGUCGGCCGAGGGGCCCCCGGGGCCGGCGGCGGCGCUGGAGCUGUGGCUCAAUAAAGCCACAGACCCAAGCAUGUCAGAACAGGAUUGGUCAGCUAUCCAGAAUUUCUGUGACCAAGUGAACACUGAUCCCAAUGGCUCAACCCAUGCACCUUGGCUACUGGCCCACAAGAUCCAGUCUCCACAAGAGAAAGAAGCUCUUUAUGCCUUAACGGUGCUGGAGGUGUGUGUGAACCACUGUGGGGAGAAGUUCCACAAUGAGGUGGCCAAGUUCCGCUUCCUGAACGAGCUCAUCAAAGUGUUGUCCCCAAAGUACCUAGGCUCCUGGACCACAGAAAAAGUUAAAGGAAGAGUCAUUGAAAUACUCUUCAGUUGGACAGUCUGGUUUCCAGAAGACAUCAAGAUCCGAGAUGCUUACCAGAUGCUGAAGAAGCAAGGAAUCAUAAAGCAAGACCCUAAACUACCAGUGGAUAAAAUCUUGCCCCCACCUUCUCCCUGGCCCAAGAGCUCCAUCUUUGAUGCCGAUGAAGAAAAGUCAAAGCUUCUGACAAGGCUUCUGAAGAGCAGCCACCCUGAGGAUCUUCAGGCUGCAAACCGGCUGAUCAAGAAUUUGGUCAAGGAGGAACAAGAAAAAUCAGAAAAGGUGUCCAAGAGAGUCAGCGCUGUGGAGGAGGUACGGAGCCACGUGAAGGUGCUGCAGGAGAUGCUGAGCGUGUACCGCAGGCCAGGGCAGGCCCCGCCAGACCAGGCAGCCUUGCAGGUCGUGUAUGAGAGGUGUGAAAAGCUGCGGCCCACCCUGUUCCGGCUGGCAAGCGAUACCACCGAUGAUGACGAUGCGCUCGCGGAGGUUCUCCAGGCAAAUGACCUCCUCACCCAGGGAGUUCUGCUGUACAAACAGGUGAUGGAGGGCCGUGUCACCUUUGGGAACACAGUGGUCAGCUCUUUGGGAGACAUACCUGUCUCCAGAGUCUUUCAGAAUCCAGCAGGCUGCAUGAAGAACUGCCCCCUGAUUGACUUGGAGGUGGACAGUGGGUCCGAGCAGGCUGGGGCUGUGGCGCGAUCUUUACUGCAUCAGGACCUGGCAGCCUUAGGGAUCAGUGAUGGCCCAGUUACCAAAAAGGUUGCGAGUCAGAAUUGCGGUCAGGAAAAGAGGAACCCUACCACCAGCACGCUGCCGGGUGGUGGUGUUCAGAGCCCUUCUGCAGAAAGGAACUUGCUGGAUCUCCUCUCCCCACAGCCGUCUCCGGGACCUCUGAAUUAUAUUCCGCAGAAAAGUAUCCCCAAGGAAGUGCCACCAGGUACUAAGUCCUCUCCAGGUUGGUCCUGGGAGGCUGGCCCAUUGGCUUCUUCUCCAUCUUCCCAGAAUACACCUCUGGCUCAAGUGUUUGUCCCUUUGGAGUCUGUUAAGCCCAGCAGCCUGCCUCCUCUUAUCGUGUAUGACCGGAAUGGAUUCAGAAUUCUACUCCACUUUUCCCAGACUGGGGCCCCUGGCCACCCAGAGGUGCAGGUGCUACUGUUGACCAUGAUGAGCACGGCCACCCAGCCUGUCUGGGACAUCAUGUUUCAAGUAGCUGUGCCAAAGUCAAUGAGAGUGAAACUACAGCCAGCGUCCAGCUCCAAGCUUCCUGCUUUCAGUCCUUUGAUGCCUCCAGCAGUGAUCUCUCAGAUGCUGCUGCUUGACAAUCCACACAAAGAGCCCAUCCGGUUACGGUAUAAGCUGACAUUCAACCAGGGUGGACAGCCUUUCAGUGAAGUAGGAGAAGUGAGAGACUUUCCAGACCUGGCAGUCUUGGGUGCAGCCUAACUCCUCACUGGACAGACCCUGCCAUUCAAGCUUAGGCCAGUGUUACUUUUGCUGUCUAGAUAGGACUAAUCACGGUGAUUUAGUGCAGAGUGCCAAGAGUUCUAUCCUGACAUCAGGCUCUGGAUGCCAACCUCUGACUUAUUCUGCAGAUAUUGUGUGUGUGUGUGUGUGGCCCGGGGGCUGAGGGGCAGGGAUGUGGGCGGUGUGGGAAAUGCUAAAGCAUUUCUGAUAACCAUCUGCUACGAUCAUGUCUGGUUUUGCAUGUUGGUGGACACUGAUGUCCCUGCCUCGAGUUGGAGGUUUUAUAAGCCAAAGUUGUUGUUGUUGUUUUCCAUGUAUUAUUAUCUUUUCAUUCAUCCA